CGGAGUUACCGGCAGGCCAGUGCGCAGCAGGAGAAGACCAAGGCAGGUCCCUGUCCCUUGCAGUCCUAGAAGUUCCCAAAGUUAAGUCCUGGGAUGGGCAAUAGCCUGAAAGCCAUAGUUGCUUUUCUGCCCUCCAAAGAGUGCCAGAAGUACCUCCUGGAAGACCUAGAAGAGAUGCCGGUGGAUAAAAUGGUGGACCUGAGCGGCAGGCAGCUGAGGCGGCUGCCCGUACACAUCUGCUCUUUUCGGGAACUGGUCAAGCUGUACCUGAGCGACAACAACCUGAACCAUCUGCCCCCCGAGCUGGAGCAGCUGCAAAACCUGCAGAUCCUGGCGCUGGACUUCAACAACUUCAAGGCGCUGCCCCUGGUGGUGUGCACGCUGAAGCAGCUCUGCAUCCUCUACCUGGGCAACAACAAGCUCUGCAGCUUGCCCCUGGAGCUCCGGCUCCUGCAGAACCUCAAGACCCUCUGGAUCGAGUCCAACUGCCUGCAGUACCUGCCCGAGGUGGUCUGCGAGCUCAGCCUGCUCAAGACCCUGCACGCCGGCUCCAACGCCCUGCGCACCCUCCCCACCCAGCUGCGGUGCCUGCAGGAGCUCCGCACCAUCUGGCUGUCGGGCAACCUGCUGUCCGAGUUCCCCCCCGUGCUCCUGGACAUGCCCUUCCUGGAGGUGAUCGACGUGGAUCGCAACUCCAUCCGGUUCUUCCCCAGCCUGGCUCACCUCCCUGGCUUGAAGCUGGUGAUCUACGACCACAACCCCUGCAGGAACGCACCCAAAGUGGCCAAAGGGGUGCGGAGGGUGGGGAGGUGGUCGGAGGAGACCCCCGAGCCCCGCAAGCGGUCUGGGGCGGUGAUAGAAAUCUCACUUGAAGAGAAACCAUCGCCACCUCCUGCCGCCAAGCCCGAGCCAGAAGCCGAGCCCUGUUGAUGCUCUGGCAACAGUGGCAGCACCCUCACAACACUGCCCAACCUCGACUUCUCCCUCGCUUGCUGGUGUCUAGGGAGCACCAACACCACCUGGCUGGUCUUCAGGAGUAGGUGCACCGGCUUAGAGCUCACUGACAGCAAAACUCUCUUGUACAGACACUCCCCUUCACACAGCACCCAGCACUCUCCAGAGCAAAGACUUCCUCCCUUUCCUGUGUGGGGAAAAAACACUCACAAGUUCGCAGUGGAGAUGAAGACACAGUUUAGAUGUUUUCCACGGGUGGAACGCACAGAGCACAUGCAGACCCGCUGCUCUUCACCCAUGGGCUUGCUCCUCUCCUUCCCACCUUGCUGAGGUGCCUGAGCUCAGCUGGAAACCACCAUUCGAGGUGACGGCUGCUGGGAGUCACAGCGCUGAAGUAACCCUCAGGGUUUGUCUCAAACGACUUACCUGAAAAGCAGCAGCAGCUUGAAGGUGGUUUCCCCUCCUGCUGUGUGGGAAGCGGUAGUGGAGCCCUGGCUGCGCUAUCACGGACACAAUGAGCUCUCCUCUUACCUUCGUCCUGGAAAAUUAGCAAAUGCUCAUUUUGUUACUGCCAAGCGGCACUUUAAACAAUGGUGACAAAAGCUGGAGGCUUUGCUGCUGGUGUGUAACCAGCAACGCUGCCUGUGGGGGAAGCUGCACACCUCACACAGUAGCAAAGAUGAACAUCAAAGCCUAAGACCACAAGAAAAACCACGAGAGCGGCAAAGACUCGCAUGAAUAAACCCCGGGCUGGGAUCCUGCCACUACAGGCUUGCCUUGAAGCAGAGGCAAACUUUGCUCAGUUGCCUUCAGCUGGGUAUUUCUCCAGCUCGCAGCUUGGACCGGUUCUGAUCCCCUUCAAAAUGCACGGAAUUUUUUUUUUUUAAGGACGUUUUGCUUUGAGUAACAUAGAAAUUUAGUGCAAAUGACAUUUUUAGCUAUUAAUUCCAUAGCACAGAUCAUUUGUUUGGUUAAAGACAGCUUUUCUUGUUGUAAAAAGAGCGAGGAGCCCUCGGUGGCGCGGAAGAGCCACAUCCCUCUCUGCCUGGCUCGCUCGUCAGUGCCACCGUCUCAGCAGAGUGGCAGUCGGCUUCCCAGAAAAGGUUUGGUUCAAUGCCAGUUCGUGCCUGCUCAGUGUCAUUUACAUGCUUGAAAAAUUAUCUGGAAAUAUAUAGACUCUCCCAGCGCCUGCCGCCUUGUUAAAGGAGGUCUGAAUUUGGAUGUGGCUGGCACUCACAUCAUGCGCCUACCAGUCAUUACAUGAAAUAAAAUGCAUUAAUGUCUGGCUGAGUUAAACUGUCCUCCUUUGGAAGUAACUGAAUUCUCCCUUUCCAAAUUUUUUAUUUAACCUUUUCUAAUGAUUUCUUCCUACAAAAUUUUUCAGCAGGACAAGAGUUUGGGGCUUUUUUAACAUCUAAAUUCAAUGUUUUGUUUGCUAUGAAACUGAUUAUUACUUGGUUUAUCCGAGGGGGUCGGGAAGAGGCUGCCUUCACCUGCUUUCAUUUAACACAGCAUUCUCUGCACAGUGUUGUCACUUGUCUCUGAAGAGAGUUUUGAGAGUUUGGAGGAACACUCUUAAGCAGAUUCUCUUCAUUUCAGGAAACCUAUGGGAGAAAAAUGCUUGGACAGGUAUUUUCUUGAUUUCCAGCAAUCUCUGCCUGGGCAGACUCCCCCUGCUGUUUGCCGAGGUGCUGGUUACACUGGCCAAGGGCCAGGAGGGUGACAACGCGCAGGUGGCACCUCCCGAGGGGCUCCCACACAGAGGCGAAGAAUCUGCAUAAAGAGCGACACAGGCAUCACGGACAUUCUUGUGACCUGAGCAUAAAGAAACAAGUCCAAUUAAGAAACACAUUGCCUUUAGAGCAACUACUGGAAGAGGGAAGAGGACAUAAAGAUGAGGAAUACUCCAGCAUCACCAGGAAAGGGUAACAGUGAACUGCAGAGCCCGUUUCUAGGAUCUCAACGCAAAGCCUGUCCAGGCAGGACUGGAAUAACCCACUCACGCUGAACAUACCAGGGUUAACCCAAAGCAGCCCGAGAGGAAGGACAUCCUUCACCCGACUUGCCUGGGCGCUGCUUUGAAGUGCCUGAGGACGAGCACCGCAGCUUUUCUAAUGAAACUGCCCUUCUCGGUUCUACACAAAGACAAAUACAACUUUGAUGAAUUUGAAUUUACCUUUUUUUAUUUCUGUGUAUUUUAAGUGGAACCUGGAGAGGAACAGAAGGAACAGGGUUGUAUAAAACCCCUGUUUGACUUGAAGUGAAUCUUCUCCGCAACACGUAUAAACUGAAAUAAGUUAAAACCAACUGAAGAGUUAUUUCAUGCCAUCGAUGGAGAUUUGCCCGUCUCAAGCUUCUGUUCCAUAACCUCACAAAACUAGAUCAUUUAAAAAAAUUACUAAGUGAGAUCUGGUCCACAUAUCCUCAGGUACUGAAGAAAAUUUAACAUGGGCGAUGGUCUGGUACGCGUUUUCUGGGGAGAAAAAGAAAUAUCAGAAAAUUCCUCCCCAUGCUGAUGUUCACCAGCCUCCCCACCCACCUUUAUAUUUAUUUUUCAGUUGGUAUUUUGUGUUCAGUGCUAGCUUUAUCUCACAGCACAAAAGUAGUAUCAUCUCAAAGCUAAUAAAACACCCAUGAUCACAGCAAAAACUGUGAUUCACAAAACAGUGCAAACUACCCUAUACCGGGCACCCACAGGAUAACCCGCCUGCAAGUGGCAUUUCUUCCCAAACUUUUUAACAAACGUGGUUUUAACUGCAGAUUCUAUUUCAAAAGCAGCUGGGCAUUUCACUAUAAUUCUUGCCAAAAGAAAAAACCUAGCAUUAUCCCUGACAUUUUGGUCAGUCACUUCUCCAGAUGUUUUAGUGCUAUAUAUGGCACAUGAGGAGCUGGUGACAUAAGACAUUGCUCAGACACACUAAUUUAAGUGCAAUGAUGGCUCUAAAGGCCUGUUCAUGUUCCUAAUGCAAAAAAAUGAUGUAACAGGAAUGUUAGCAUGUCAGAUGUCAGUCUUCAUUUCAAAUAAGUAUCAUUUUUAGAAGACAAUUUUUCUGUGCAGUUACUCUUCCACAGAAGGGGGUUACUCUCUGCCACUGUACCUGACCAAUACAGAUACUCAGCUCAUACCUUGGUGCUGCUUUAAUAAUGUCGUCUACACGAAGAAUCAUUUCUGCUGCUUCAGCUGCGCUCAGCAAAACUUGUCUCUUGACUUGGAAACUUUCUGUUACUCCCAAGACUGCCAUGUCCCCAAUGACACCUUCUUUCAUAUCUGGAAGAAGAGAUACAUUAAGAGGUGGAUUAUUUUUUUUUUUAACUUGGGGCUGUUUUUUUUCAAAGAAAAUCGCAAGCAACUGACCGUACGGUAACUUACCUGCUCAAAUUAACCAUACUGAUAGUAAGGGAAGCAUUAAAUUGUGUCUUUCACUUCAAGGCUCCUGAUUUAAGCCUAACAUGUUGCAAUUACAUGCAAAAAAUUCACGAUGAAAACUUUAUACGCUGGGGAGAAGAGGCAAGAUCCUAACAGGACUCAGCGCUAUUUCCUUAGGUGUAUUAACUUCAGAGUUCUUCUCCACAACUUUAAGUUUUUUUCAGGGAGGAGGAAGUCUUUGGUUGUGUUGGUUUUUUGUUUGUUUUUAAAUCAAUGCCUUUCUUUUCCAUCUUCAUAUAACUAGACUCAAAGUAAGUAAGGAAACUGGUUUUCAUAACUGGAAACUAUCCCCUUCAAAACCAAAGCUUUUCACUGUAUUGUGAAAAGCCUGGUAGAAUGAUAAAGGAAAGUAACAUUGUAUAUCCAUGUUCUACACAAUGCAAUCAGAAAUCAACAAACUCAGCUCUUCCAGCUGAAUAAAUUAGCAAUAAACAGAUGUCACUAAGUUUAAUAAACCUAAUUCCCCCUCCCAAACAGCAAUUCAGUAACAGGAGUAAUAUCAAGCCCUUACCAAGUCCAUAAGUUGUCUUCCCUUCACUGUGAGCAGCUCUGAGCUGAGCAACCAAAUCUGCACUGUCGUAGCCAGCAUUAUCAGCUAUUAUUGUUGGGAUCUAAGGGCAUAAACACAGGAUGUUUUAAAUUAAUGCAGGCAUUGUAAACAUGAAACAUACUUUGAUAGAACUUCAGUCUCAAGAAAAGGAAGUUUCAAAAAUGUGGCAGAUGAUCUGUUACGGUGUUCAGAAGAUAGGGAGAAAGAGUCAAACUACCUUCCAAAGGAUGUUAUUCAAGACUCUGUUAACAAAGUAGCUGCGAGGACAGAAAGGUGUUUGCAAAUCUGUCCGUUCAUUUCACAUGGACAGAAAGAAAUCCUGUCUCUUUCUUAUAAUUUCUGACUACAACUGGAGAAAUGGUUUCAUUUUUAAGAACAUAAGCUCGCUGGUAAGCAUUAACCACAAGAUCAUUCUGUUCAUUGUUGUCCUGGUUUCAGCUGGGAUAGAGUUAAUUUUCUUUCUAGCUGCUGCUGUGUUUUGGAUUACUGUAAGAUACUGGUUUAGGUGCUGCUAAGUAAUGUUUGUAUUAGUCAAGGACUUUUUCAGCUUCCCACAGAAGCUGAGAGGGAGCAUAGACUGCUGGCCAAAGGGAUAUUCCAUACCCAUUAUGCUCAGUAUACAAAUGGGACUUGGAAUCCAUAAUCAUUGCUUGGGAUGGGAUGGGCAACGUAUCAUUGGGUGGUGAGAGCAACUUGUGUUUUAUCACUUUAUUUUGUACAUUCUUUUACCAUUGUUAUUAUUAUUAUUAUUGUUAUUUUCCUCUCUUGUUACUGUUCUAUUAAACUGUCUUUAUCUCAACCCACAA